UUUGUUUGGGCUGUUCCUCCUCUGCUCAUAAACCUUGUAACCUUCCUUCCUUCCUUCCUUCCUUGUUAGGUCAGCUCAGCUCAGGUUGCCUUCCUUCCUUUAUCAUGUGUUUAGUUCGCUGUUCAACACUAGCAAGACAAGACAAGACGACCCAAGGCCAAGGGGAUUGGAUUGGAGGGGAGGUUUCCUCUUCGAUAUCUUUUCGUCGGGGUGAGUAGAGCUGCCGUGGAUUUGGAUAAAGGAGGGAGGAUGGCGGCGCGGACCAACUGGGAGGCCGAUAAGAUGCUGGAUGUGUACAUCUACGACUACCUUGUGAAGCGCAACCUGCAGGCCACCGCCAAGGCCUUCAUCACCGAGGGCGAGGUCGCCACCGAUCCCGUCGCCAUCGAUGCUCCGGGGGGAUUUCUCUUCGAGUGGUGGUCAAUCUUCUGGGAUAUCUUCCAUUCCACCAAAUCAUCCACCACGACUCCACAAGCUCCUCUUCCACAACUACAAGCAGGCACCGGCAUCGGCAGCGGCACCACGCCUCCUCCUCCUCCUUCCCCUGAUGUAAUUAAGUCGAGGGAACAACAGAUGAAGCUCCACCUACUGCAACAGCAGCACGCCCAUCUCCACAGAAGAGAUCCGUCCCUUAAUGCCGCCAUGAAUGCCCUCAACUCUUCUGAUGUCUCCGCGGUCCUCGCUUCCAAGAUGAUGGAGGAUCGAAUGAGGAACCCCAACCCUGUCGACUCCGAGGCAUCCCAACAGCUCCUAGACGCUAAUAGGAUUGCUCUUCUCAAGUCCGCAACCAACCAAACAGGGCUACUGGUUCAUGGUGCUACCUCUGUCAAUAUGCCACCUAUGCACCAGAUUCAGUCAUCAAGAAACCAGCAACUUGACAUCAAAGGUGAAGUUGCUAUGUCACAAAGAACAAUGCCUACGGACCCUUCUUCGUUAUAUGGAUCAGGGAUGAUGCAGUCAAAACCUGGACUAGUUGCGGCUGGACUAAACCAAGGUGUUGGGAGUGUACCACUGAAAGGCUGGCCUCUAACUGUCCCAGGUAUUGACCAACUCCGGUCAAAUUUAGGUGUGCAGAAACAGCUCAUGCCAUCUUCAAACCAAUUCCAACUUUUAUCGCCACAUCAACAGUUGAUUGCUCAAGCACAAACGCAGAAUGACCUUGCUAGAAUGGGUUCUCCAGCACCAUCUGGUUCGCCGAAUGUUCGAUCAGAUGAUCCAGAUUUUCUGAUGAAGUUGAAAGGGCCCCAGAUGCAGCAGUCCUCAGGCCACCGGCUUAUGGAAUUGCAACAGCAGCACCAGCAAUUGCAACAGAAUACUAGAAAGCGGAAGCCAACUUCUUCUGGAGCAGCUAAUAGUACUGGCACAGGAAAUACUGUUGGGCCUUCUCCACCAUCAACUCCAUCCACUCAAACUGCUGGUGGUGGAGUACCAGCAGCUAGCAACGUUAACAUUGUACUGAGGAGUUCAAUGAUUUGCGGCGCAGAUGGAACCAGUGGCCUUGCAUCAUCCUCAAACCAGAUGGAUAAUUUGGAUAGUUUUGUCGAUUUCGAUGAAAAUGUUGAUUCAUUUUUGUCAAAUGAUGAUGGAGAUGGAAGAGACAUGUUCGCUGCAUUGAAGAAAGGGUCUUCGGAGCACAAUUCAGACUCUUUUAAGAGUCUCUCUUUGAAUGAGGUUGGUAAUAACCGUACAAGCAACAACAAGGUUGUUUGCUGUCACUUCUCUACAGAUGGGAAGUUACUGGCUAGUGCUGGUCACGAGAAAAAGGUCUUCCUGUGGAAUAUGGACAAUUUUAAGAUGGAUACCAAAAUAGAAGACCAUACAAACUUUAUCACGGACAUAAGAUUCAAAACAAAUUCAACUCAAUUGGCUACAUCAUCUUCUGAUGGAACUGUUCGACUUUGGAAUGCUGCUGACGAAAGUGGUGCUUUACAAACUUUUCAUGGGCAUAGCUCUCAUGUGACUUCAGUAGAUUUUCACCCUAGAUUGACAGAGGUUCUAUGCUCUUGUGACGACAAUGGAGAAAUCCGCUUCUGGAAAGUUGGUCAAAGUACAGCUUCUCAUGUGUUUAGGGCGAAGCAGGGUGGUACCGGAAGAGUCAGGUUUCAACCUCGAAGUGGGAAGUUCCUUGCUGUGGCAGCUGGAAGCAUGGUGAACAUUUUUGAUGUUGAAAAGCAAGCCAAUCUACAUUCUCCACCUAAGGGUCAUAAUAGUGAGGUAAACUGCGUCUGCUGGGAUGAAAGUGGUGAAUAUCUGGCAUCUGUAAGUCAGGACACUGUGAAAGUCUGGUCAGUAGCAUCAGGCGCGUGCAUUCAUGAGUUAAGAUCUCAUGGAAACCAAUACCAGUCAUGCAUAUUCCACCCAAGAUACCCAAAAGUCUUGAUUGUUGGUGGUUAUCAGACUCUGGAGCUAUGGAGCCUAUCAGAUAAUCAGAGCAACCCCAUCCAGGCACAUGAAGGCCUGGUAGCUGCUUUGGCACACUCCCCAUUCACCGGAAUGAUUGCGUCUGGUAGUCAUGACAGAUACGUAAAGCUCUGGAAAUAGAAAGGUGGGAAUGGUUUCAUUUGGAAAUCGAUCAUGGCUUCCAUGACGAAAUCAAUAUAUAAGAGUAACUCGUGAUGAUACAGUGCGGCUGGACGUCCCCAAGGUGAUAAUUCUAACUUGAGUAGCCUCAACUCAGCCAGAGGUGUACCUUGGCUCUUUCCUUUGUUAUAGAAGGCAGAUAUACUUUUGAUGAUCGACCUUAGGGGUUCACAAGAUUGUUUGGGGCUGUUUCCUUUGUUAUAGAAGGCAGAUAUACUUUUGAUGAUCGACCUAAAAGAUUGUUUGGGCUGACUUUGCGUGUAAGCGAUGCGAUUUAUGUUGUAAAUUAAGGCAGAAUGUUUUGUUCACGAUUUUGCUGGAUGCAUGCUUUGGUGAAGCUGAUGGAGCCUUUGAUAGGCUAUGUAUUGUAGUUAGGACAUUUGUGACAUCAAUAUAAUUCUUGUUGUAUACUA